CAGGCACAGGCAGCUGACAGCGGAGCUGGGGACGCGGGCGCAGCCUUCCUGUGUGGUGACAGCCGUCAGCAGUGUCAUGGACCCGGGGAAGCCGAUGAGGACCCUGCUGGCGGUGGCCCUGCUCGUCCUGUUCCAGGUGUGCCUAUGCCAAGAUGGGGUCACGGACGACUAUAUCGGCGACAACACCACGGUGGACUACACCCUGUACGAGACCUUGUGCUUCAAGAAGGACGUGCGGAACUUUAAGGCCUGGUUCCUCCCGGUCAUGUACUCGGCCAUCUGCUUUGUGGGGCUGCUGGGCAACGGCCUGGUGGUGCUAACCUACAUCUACUUCAAGCGGCUCAAGACCAUGACCGACGUGUACCUGCUCAACCUGGCCAUGGCGGACAUCCUCUUCCUGCUGACCCUCCCCUUCUGGGCCUACAGCGCGGCCAGGUCCUGGGUCUUCGGGGUCUCGCUGUGCAAGGUCAUCUUCAGCAUCUACAAGACGAGCUUCUUCAGCGGCAUGCUGCUGCUCCUCUGCAUCAGCAUCGACCGCUACGUGGCCAUCGUGCGGGCGGUGUCCGCCCACCGCCACCGAGCCCGCGUGUUCCUCAUCAGCAAGCUGUCCUGCCUGGGCAUCUGGGUGGUGGCCAUGCUGCUGUCCGUCCCGGAGAUGAUCUACAGCGGCCUCCAGGGCGGCGGCAGCGAGCAGACGCAGCGCUGUUCUCUCCUGCUGGAGCAGGUGGAAUCCCUGAUCAUCAUCCAGGUGGCGCAGAUGGUGUUCGGCUUCCUGCUGCCCCUGCUGGCCAUGAGCUUCUGCUACCUGGUCAUCAUCCGCACCCUGCUCCAGGCCCGCAACUUCGAGCGCAACAAGGCCAUCAAGGUCAUCAUCGCCGUGGUCGUGGUCUUUAUCGUCUGCCAGCUGCCCUACAACGGCGUGGUCCUGGCACAGACGGUGGCCAACUUCAACAUCACCAGCAGCACCUGCGAGCUCAGCAAGCGGCUCAACAUCGCCUACGACAUCACCUACAGCCUGGCCUCCGUCCGCUGCUGCGUCAACCCCUUCCUGUACGCCUUCAUCGGCGUCAAGUUCCGCAAUGACCUCUUCAAGCUCUUCAAGGACCUGGGCUGCCUCAGCCAGGAGCGGCUGCGACAGUGGUCCUCUUGCCGGCAUGUGCGCCGGGUCUCCAUGAGCACGGAGGCGGAGACCACCACCACCUUCUCUCCCUAGGGGCUCCUCUGCGCGGAUGGGGACCUCCCUCCCCGGGACCCCAGGGUGGGGACAGGGAGCAAAAGCGAUGAUUCAGGAGCCUCCCAGAAACUGCCGCGGGACCUCAGUUCGGAUCUGGAGCCCUAGCUACCUCAACGCAGGCCGGAAAGAGAAGCUAGCGCCACCGUGGAGGCUGCACCCACAAACCAAGAACUGACGGUUGGGGAGCACUGCGGCUCCCAGGAUGCAGGGACGGGGCUGGGGAGCUGUAGAUGGUGCAAGGGGACCACUCUUCCUCUGCACCCACCUUCCUCCCAUCUAGCACGGAGCCCUCACAGGCAGUCUGGGGCAGAAAACCAGGCUUUGCUCCUGAAACCAAGACAGUCGGUGUGGGGAGGACGGGGUGCCCGGACUAACUGCAUCCCCAGCCCCCUCGCUCUCUCCAUGGUCCUGCACACCCACAGGCUCUGUCCCUGCACGGCCACCCCUCCCGGCUCCGGGCAGGGGACAGGCGGACAGCUCGUGUCUUCUGCGGGCCAGACCAGCUGCUUGGUUUCACCAAGGUCCGCGAUCCGAGCCAGGGCCCCAGAGCGCCACAGCGCGUCACCAGCUCUGGCUUUGGCAGAGGAGCGGAGGAGUGGGCAGUGAGGACAUCUGGGGACGAGGCAGGGCGCCCAGGCCGGCUGCCAGAGGCCGGUGAGCUCCUGCUCUCUGCUUUCUCGCAGAAACAGAAAAGACCCCGCUCCUCCAAUUCUGCUUCUGGUUCAUUAAGAGACCACAUCUUAUUCCUACACAAAUAAAGUUUCCCCUGGGGAAACAGCAGCCUUAAAGCAGGGGAAUGCAGCUCUGGUCAGAGGAGUGUUUUGCCUUGCUGUCUGCGCCCCUCCCAACCCCCUCCCGCCUCCCCGCAACACGGCUUGGCGCGUCCACCGACACCGGCCCACGAUGGGAGCUGAGGACAUGACGUCCACCUCGCAGGCGCCCUUCCCGCACGCAGGGCAGGGAAGCCCAGCCCGGGCGCCGGCAGUGAUCGGGAGGCACGGGUCAGAGUGGAGAUCUGGAAAGGCCGGGUCAUCCCACACCGCAGACCGCUCUGCCCGCCUGGCCCGGGCCUGCCCAGACAGGAGUCCUCACCUUUGUCAUGCCCAGAGCUGGGGUUUGGGGGAAGCGCCUUUUCCUUCAAUCAAGGGUCUUGGAUGGGACCGGUGAGACCGGCCAGCCUUUACUGCCCGGGACCCUCCACGACGGCCCCUAGCAGUCACGUCCCUCCGCGAUACGAUGAGUGUCUCCGUGGAUUCUGCUGCUGUGACAAAAUACCACAGGCUGGGUAGUUACUAAGCCUUACAAAUGCACCUGUGGCGGAGCUCCUUUCCCCGCCCUGCGGGAGGCCAUCCGCCCCGAGGCCAGGUGACUGUGAGAGGAACUCCUCCUCCACCCUGCUGCAGUAUAGGCGCCCGCCAUGGGGGAGCACGGAUGCUGUGCCCCACACCUGGCAGAUAUCCCUCUCACUGGGGCCCAGGUGCCCCUCCAUGAUGUCCAGGGCGAUGUCCAAAGCCCAGCACCCCCACUGCUCGGCCUGGUGGGGCACAGGAGGGAGGCUGAGGCAUUUGCACCAAACAUGGCCCCAUCCAUUUUCCCACGGCCAGAAGAACCUCAUUAAAAAGGCUCUCGCCCAGUCA